AUGGAUUUACUGGUACAUCAGCGAGUUCACACUGGGGAGAGGCUAUUCACCUGCUCAGACUAUGGGAAGGGAUUCACUCGGUCAUCUCAAUGGAAGCUACAUCAGCAAGUUCACACUGGGGACAGGCCGUUUACCUGCUCAGACUGUGGGAAGAGAUUCUCUCAGUUAUCUGAACUGAAGGGCCAUCAGAGAGUUCACACUGGGGAGAGGCCGUUCACCUGCUCAGACUGUGGGAAGGGAUCCACUCAGUCAUCGCAACUGAAAGUACAUCAACGAGUUCAUUCUGGGGAGAAACCAUUCAUCUGCUCACAUUGUGGAAAGGAUUUCACUCGAUCAUCUCACCUAUAGGCACACCAGUCGAUUCAAAGUGGGGAGAGGCCAUUCACCUGCUCUGACUGUGGGAAGGGAUUAACUCAAUCAUCUGACCUACAGGCACACCAGUCAGUUCACACUGGGGAGUGGCCAUACACCUGUACAUACUGUGGGAAGGGAUUCACUCAAUCAUCUCAAUUGAAGGUGCAUCAGCGAAUUCACACUGGAGAGAGGCUGUUCACUUGCUCAGUCUGUGUGAAGGGAUUCAUUCAGUUAUCUCAGCUACAGGCACAUCAACGAGUUCACACUGGGGAGAAACCGUUCACCUGCUCAGUCUGUGGGAAGGGAUUCAUUCAGUCAUCUUCCCUCCUGGCACAGCAGCGAGUUCACACUGAGGACAGACCGUUCAUCUGCUCGGACUGUGGGAGGGGAUUCACUCGGUCAUCUUCCCUACUGGCACAUCAGCAAAUUCACACUGGGAAGA